CUGUGUUUAGGGCUGGAGGUUCAGUAGCAGCCUUCAGUGAGCACCACGAACACUGGCAUAUUCAUGCAGGAUACUCAUAUCUACAGCAGCAGCCCCAGUGCCAAGAGCUCAGCUGGGAUGAAGACUGCUCCUCAGUGCUGGGGUGUCCUCUCCCCUGCUCUGCUGUGUGACUGAGCUGAUAAUGUGCUAUCAGAGCAAGGAGGACACUAUAUAGAGGGGCUCCCCUCUCUGCUCUCAGCAACUCUGCACUCUCUUGGAAUCAUCUUAUUUGCUCUGCUGUUUCUACCUAGUUUGCUGUCAUCAGAAGGAGUUUGAGGUAUUCCCCAAAAGGACCAUACACUUCACCCACAGGACGGCACUGUAAAGAGGGCUUUUUCUUCUUCAGAACUGUGGGGAAAAAUGAACGGGCCUGCAGCUUCAAGUCUGCUCUUCAACUGCUCAAAUCACUCAAAUUUCAGUUUGGAAACAUCAGAGCAAUGUGGCAAAGAGACAAACCUUGAAAACAUGAUUUUUGCCACUUUCUACUUUCUGGACUUCAUCCUGGCUUUUGCUGGCAAUGCCCUGGCUCUUUGGCUUUUCAUCCGGGACCAAAAGUCUGGCACACCCGCCAACGUUUUCCUGAUGCAUCUUGCUGUGGCUGACCUGUUCUUUGUGCUGGUACUCCCCACCCGGCUGGUGUACCAUUUUUCUGGUAACCAUUGGCCAUUUGGGGAGAUCCCAUGCAGACUCACAGGCUUCCUUUUUUACCUCAACAUGUAUGCCAGUAUCUACUUCCUGAUGUGCAUCAGCGUUGACCGGUUCCUGGCCAUCGUGCACCCGGUGAAGUCCAUCAAGCUCCGCAGGUCCCGCUACGCCCACCUGACGUGUGUCUUUCUGUGGGUCAUCGUUGGGGUGGCCAUGGCACCUCUGCUGCUCAGUGUGCAGACGGUCCAGAUGAAAAACACAACUGUCUGCCUGCAGCUCUACAGAGAAAAGGCCUCACGCCACGCCCUCGUGUCCUUGGCAGUGGCAUUCACCUUCCCCUUUGUGACCACUGUGACUUGCUACUUACUCAUCAUCCAGAGCCUGAAGAGUGGGAACAGAGUUGAGAAACACCUGAAGGAAAAAGCUGUCAAAAUGAUCAUCAUGGUCCUGAUGAUCUUUCUCAUUUGCUUUGUACCUUACCACGUCAAUCGGUACAUUUAUAUUCUGCAUUACAAUGGGGCCAAAGCUUCCUGCGAGACGCAGCGUCUCCUGGCCCUCAGCAACCGCAUCACCUCCUGCCUCACCAGCCUCAACGGGGCCUUCGACCCCAUCAUGUAUUUUUUUGUAGCUGAGAAAUUCCGUGAAGCCUUGUGCAAUCUGUUUUGCAUUAAAAAGACCAUAACGUUGCCUCAAACAUACGAGGGUAAGACAAAUGAAAGCUCACUAAGUGCUAAAUCUGAACUGUGAACAUGACUCUUGUCAGUGUCAGUUCUUCGUCUUAAGAACAGUCUCUUCCACCAAAAUCAGCUGAGAGCACAAAUGUGCAGCAAGACAGUCCAACCAGAGUCAAACUCAUCCUGAGAAGGGAAGUUCUGUUGUUUUUAUGGGGCUGCUAUUAACAAGAACCCCUCGACCAUAGAGAACACGUGUGUUUGUAUUGCUGAAACUGCAAACAGAAGGACAGUUCUUCUGGUUUCCAAGGAAUGAAACUGAGGGUUGAGCACUUAGGAAUAGGGAAGGGGACAGUGAGGGAAAUGGACCCAUGUAUUUACUUUUUUUUCAAAUAAUUGAAUUUCCAAAGCACUCUGCACAAUGCUUACAGCCUUAUUUAAAAUUUCACAUUGUGCCAACAGUAGAGAUCCACUCCUGAGAGAGACGUGUCUGAUGAAAAAACCUCCACAUUUGCACAUCUUGUUCAAGUUUCUGAAUUCAAAGUGUUUAUAUGUAAUAGAGAGAAAAUUGGUACUAAAUGGUGACCAAAAAAAAAAAAAAUCAGAAUGAAGCAAUAAACUCAGCCUGGACAGGAAUUAAGACAGAAAAGAUUCCUAGCUUUAAUAUGCUUUUCAGUUCUUUUUUGUGACUUAUCUAGCAAGACUAUUCCUUCACUAUGGAUACGUAGGGAUUAUUUUUAUUCUCACUGAUACAAAUUGCAUCCAGCAAAAUAUGCCUGGCACAAUGAAAAGGGAAAAAAAAAAACCACACGAGUUUCCAAUAAUAUUUACUAGAAGACUGCUUCAAUGCUAUGGAUACAAAUAUCAUAGGAAUAUUAUAGGACAGGUGAAAUAUAUUGUUACAGAGAUACACAUACCUUUCUCUCUCUAUGCUUUGGGAAUGAGCUCCUUACCAUUUGAGAUUUGGUACACAAAUUACAAAAUUAAACAUAUUUUAUAUUGCUUGAACUGCUUUUAUCCUGACUGCUUCCCCAAAACACCCUCAGUGCUAUUCCAACAGCCCAUUCCAGCAAGAUGAGAUGCCAAAAGAAAAUCAAUUAUGCCCAGCUCAAAAAACUAAGGCACAGAGGUUGCAUGGAGAAUGAAAAAUAAGAGGGACUUGAGAGGACUCCCUGCUGGACAGAUGCAAGUAUAUGACCUUUUCUUCCCUCCUUCAGCAUUUACUCAGUGAAAAUAUAAACUCUAGGUAACUGCUAGACUUUGCUCAUAACAUAUGAAAGCUGAAAACUAACUCGGAACUGUGCAACACUGUCUGCUAACU